AUGCAGCGGUCUACGAAGCAGAGAAAGCGGGUCGUUAUCAAAAACGAGCCUAAUGACGACCAAGGGGCUGUUCGCCAUACACCUGCUGCAGGUGUCAAAGUUUCUCCAAACAAGCUAGCCUCAAACAUGAACAUCAGCUUGACAGCUUUCGGAGAGCUGUACGACGUGGAUGACACUGCAAUUCUGGAGCGAGCAGUUGAGUCAGGGUUGCAGCUGGCCCGUGAGAUAUCCCCCGUGAUCGAUCACCUUGCCUCGUUGAACACAUCCUCGACUGCCAGGAAAGACGAUGUUGUUCGGUGGCAGGAAGCCAUUGAGCAGAUCUUUUCGCUGGCGAGGCCAACUCAGACUCGGAUUGGCGUUGUUGGCGUCACAGGAGCAGGUAAAAGCUCACUGGUAAACUCUCUCGUGGGCGAAGAGAAAUUGUUGCCAACCAGCUGCAGCCGAGCUUGCACUGCCUGGGUCACCGAGGUCUCCUAUAACUACAUCGACGACGCGACUGCAAGCUACAGAGCAGAGAUUGAAUACAUGACGGCAGAGGCUUGGCUUGGUGAGGUGGAAGCCUUGCUCCAGGACAUCAAGGAUGACAUCAGUUCAGGCUCCUCCGAUCAUUUGGAUGGCAAUAGCGACGCGGGCAUGGCGUUCUCGAGACUCACGGCUGUCUAUCCCGGUCUCACAUUGGAAACAAUCUUGUCCAGCGACAAGAGUGCCUUGAAUGACAACGCCGAAGUCCAAAUGGUCUUGGGCAGGACAAUUAAUCUCAACGACGUCUCCUCCAAAGGUCUUUUGGACCAGAUGCAGGCGUACAUGGGUAGGAAUUCCAAGGAAGAUGUGGCAAAAGAUAUGAACCCUUGGCCUCUGAUCAAGGCUGUCCGAGUCUUCACCAAAGCUCCCGCACUUUCGACAGGUGCCGUCAUUGUCGAUUUGCCCGGACUUCACGAUUCGAACGCCGCCCGAGCAGCAGUGUCAACGAACUACAUGAAGGAUUGCUCUGGCAUCUGGGUCGUUGCCCCUAUUAUCAGGGCCGUCGAUGACAAAUCCGCAAAGGAGUUGAUGGGCGAGUCGUUCAGACGAGGGAUGGUUUUCGACGGCACGUGGACAGCUAUAAGCUUCGUUGCCUCAAAGACAGACGACAUCAACGUCGAAGAAGCCGCUGGCGAGCUAGGCUGUGCCACUGACAUCGACCAGGACUUUGCGAGAAUCAAUACUCUCACCACCGAAACUACCGCCUUGGAAACCGAGUUGGGGGUAUUGAAGAAACAGAACAACAAAGAUAGGGACUCGCUUGAUGAUUUGCGCGACGAGGUAGACGAGUGGGAGACUGCCAUGGGUGACAUUCAAGAAGGCGAGUCCAUCCAUGCGGCGACGGCCAAUCUCGGCAAGAGAAAGCGAGCCGACAGCGAUAAGAGUGGCAUGAGCUCUCUCAUGGAGGCCGCAAUAGCUUCUUACGAGGAGAGCCAAGUGGAUCAGCACCUACAAGAUCUGAAAGCCCGAGCACAAGACCUACGCAAGCGGGUCAAAAUCGACUUAGAAACCAUCAAAGAAAAAGAACAGAACCUUGAGCUGAAGAGGCAGGCAAAGACGUCGCUGCUGGAGGGCAUCAAGAAAUCCUGCAUCAAAAAGCGGAACCAAGUGUCUUCUCAAAGAAUUAAACAAGACUUCGCGGAUGGCAUCAGAGAGGUCGACGAGGCGACCUCACCUGACCAGAAUGAUGUUUUCUACAUCCCGGACAAGCCUCCACGCGAUUACGAGAAGGUAAGAGACGGUCUUCAUGUGUUUUGCAUCAGCAGUCGAGCCUACCAGAAGCUCAACGGCAUGAUGCAGAACGUGGACUUCGACACCGGCGGCUACGGGAACUCGGAUGACACAGGCAUACCCAGUUUACAAACUCAUGCGCAGAAACUCACCGAGUCCCACAGAAAUUCUCGUUGCCGAGAGAUUUUGGUCAAGCUUCAAACCCUUCUUGCGUCCAUCGCGUGCUGGAUAACAGGUCUCGACAUCAAGCGAGCAGGUCUCGACUCCAGCUCAAUCAAGACACAUCUCAGAAGAGAGUCUGUCAAGUUUCUCAAUGUGGGUUCAGUGAGACUAAGGAUAGAGAUGCUUUCAUUUACUGACCUGCUUCUACAGAAUUUAACCGAGUCUCUAGAUGCCUGCUCUGAGAAGCUAACCAAAAUGCUUCAGAUCAACAUUUAUAGCAAGACCAAUGCCUUGGCUAUCGCCGCGGAGUUGGAGGCAACUCCGUAUGCUGACCGCUGGUUUGAGUCACAAGAUGAUGGUGGUCUUGGACUUGUAUCACAUCGGACGUUCAAAGCCGUAUGCAGAAAGAAGGGAGUGCAUGCCCCUCGCGGUCGCGUUGCAGUCGAUCUUCACGCAGACCUCGCGAGGCCCAUUUACGACGGGCUUAUGGGUGAUUGGGAAAAAGUCUUUACGCUCAAGAUCCCGUUUCUCUUGCAGGAGUUCUUGAGCGAGUUCACUCAGCACCAGAAAAACUUUCACCAAGUCUUCGUCGAAAGGUACGAGAGGAGUCACCAUUUGGCCAAGGCUCUAGACUCGCUCAACAACCACAACCAUGGAUCAAGGGAGGGGCUUUCGAAUCUCGUGGUGGAAAUCAAGAACAUUACCGCUAAAUACAGGGGUGAUGCUCACCAAGCAGUAAUCCAAUCCAUUGCGAACGGCAUGGAAGCCCUUUACAAUCGAUGUCUGGGCAUACGAGGCGCUGGCUGCAAAUUGAGAAUCCAACGCGCGGCUGAAGACCACAUAGAAACCAUCAAGGGGACAAUUUUCCAUGAUGCAGUCGCAAAAAUGCAGAUGGAGCUUGAGGACAUGGAGAAGUUUAUCGGAAACAAGCUCGCGACCGAGGUCAAAUUUUUGCUUGAGAAGACCCGCUCGGUAUACUCGGGGAUCCUCCUCGGCAGCCAGAGGGGCAAACUGUCGCCUGCGGAGCUCAAGCUGAAGGAUGACUUAUACGUCAUCCUUCAGAGCGUCAACUCUCGGUUCAGACGCACGAACUGA